AUGGCGCGACACACCGCGUGGAGAACCCGCCGACGCCGCAUUGCAGUCUCUCCCAUCCGCGGCUUCGUUCGGCGCCUCGUAUUCUCCCUCAUCCUCGCCGCUCUCCUCCUCUGCGCGGCCCUGCCCCGCUGCGUGCUCGCCUGUGACUCGAUCCAACCCGAGCCUUUUCCCUCGCUCGCCGCUCACCUUUCCGCCCCGCCAUCGCCGAUUAACCGCGGCGCGGAGUUUCGGGAGUUGCAUGCGACACGUGUCGCCGACGGUGGGUGCCGGGGCGACGAGAGCGAGCAGAGAGAUAGCGAGCGGCGAGCUACACGACAUGGCGCAUCGUUGCUGCUUCUGCUGGCGGGGCAGGAAGGGCUGGGGCAGGAAGAAACGAGCGACGGGGGUUGGACGGACGGCGCGCGGGCAAGAAUGGGAGACGCAGCGGUAUCAGCGGCAGAGGAGUCAGCUGCAGCGGCGGCAGUGCCCGUUCCAGCGGAGCCGUCAACGGCGCACUGUUACUGCCCUAGCGACGACUGGGACGACACUGGCGACGACUGGCACGACACGCUCGACGACUGGCAGCACAGCGCGGAGGCAUGGGCCGCGGAGGACGCGCGUGGGGCGAGGAUGGGAGAGACGGGCAGCGGCAGCGAUGCGGGCGCCGUAACGCGAGGCGAGGGCGGCGAUGCAUGGCCGGCAGCAGGGGCGCUACGGCUGCCUAGCGAUAGCGCGCGGCCGCUCGACGUGCGGAUGGUGGUCGAGGCGGGCAGCGGGCAUGGCAGCGACAGCAACGUGGGUGGGGAACGGCGCAGCGACGGGCUAGACAGGGGGGGUCUGCACCCGCGUCAAGGGGUGGGUGAACCGGAGACGGCAGGAGCGAUGGCAGUGUGCGACGGAAUGCGCGGGUGUGCGGCCGGAGCGGAACACGCAGUGGGCUUGCUCUUACCCACGUCGCAGGUCACGCCCCCCGAGACCGUACACUCAGAGCGCCCUCAUGCGCAUUUACUCACUGCGCAUUCCGAAAAGGCCUCCGCGCUUAUUCACAGCGUCGCCUCUCCAGCCCUCCCCGCGUACAACAUUCUAACGGCGCCGCCGGCCAGUGCGCGCGUCAGCGGGAAAGGGAUGAGGAAGCGGGUGAGGAGCGAGCAGCGGCGCCUGCUCGCGCUAUACGCGCGCCAUAUGUCUGGACCUGGCCGCUGGGUCGGGCCCCUCCCAGACGUCCCGAAUGGCGGGUCCUGGGUCUUUGCGCCGCUGCGCUCCCCCCUGCACGUGCGCUCCUUGGCGCAGAUCCCCCGCAGCUUCCCCCUGUUCGACGCGGAAGCCGCCUGCCGUUUGUCUCUCGUGGUCAGCGACGCGGAUUCCUUCCGCCGAUGGCUGCCCGAAUCGCCGCCGAACGCCACUGGCGCAACCACCUUGGCGGAGGACGAGCAGCCGCGGCGUUCAGGUGCGAGCGCGCUUUCCGCUUCCCCCGCGCCUCCUGCGCCUCACGCGCCCGCGCAGCCACCUGAGGCGCAGACAGUGGGCGGAAGGCGGAGCGACGCUGCGCCGCUGGUAGUGCUGAGCACGAGCAGUUUCUCCACUGGCGCAGGCGCGGGGGGGAUUGCGGGAAAGCAGGGCACCGUGGUGCAGCUGUGGGCGGAGAGGGACGACCACGAGGGGGGAGGGCAGGCGGACCUGGGGCUUGAACUGGGGUUGAGACUGGGGCUGGGGCUGGGGUCGGGGGGGGAAGGGCAGCGCGCGGAGCAAGGGGCGGAGGCGGGUGCUUGGAGGGCGGAGAGCGGGAAGAGGAGGAGCUUGCUGGCAGCUGACGUGUGCAGAGGCUUGGGGGGCUGGCGGGACCAGGGGGAUGAGGAGGCGAGUGGAGGGCUGGUAGGGUCUGGGGAUGGGGAGGUUUUGGGAAGAAAGAGCGGGGCGGAAGGCGGGGGGGCGGAUGCGGGCGUGGGCAGUGAGGGGCGGGAGUGGGUGUUGCGGUGGACGAUGUGGAAUGUGCAUGGCACGGAUCAUGCCAAGGAUGAGUGGGCGCCGGGGGACGGACUGCCCGCAGAUUGGCCGGUGCUGGAGGCAGGCGAGGCAGCGAGGCUGGAUGCACUGAUUGCGACGCAGCUGGGGGGGGGAGGAGCGGGAGGGGGAGAGGAAAGAGGAGCGGGAGGGGAACGGAGACAGUUGAAGGAUGUGCAUGAGGGCGAGAUGGAGAUAGCGAGUGAGUUCAAGGCUGGGGUUGACACGGAGAGGGGUAGGCGGCUCAUGGAGGGAGUGCCAAGGGUGUCCUUGCAUGCCAAUGCGCAAGGGGCAGGCCCACAGGCCGGCGAGCUAGUCUCCUCCUCUGAUAUGCACACAGACACUGGUGCCAUGGUGACGACUCAUCGCACACCACCACCUGGUACCACUCUGCAAACCACCCCGCCGCGGACCAGCCAGCGGUCACUCGACGUGGAGGUGGCCAAGGAGGAGAUUGAGGCGGCGAUCGCAGCAGCACUGGCGGCGGCGCACCAGCAGCGCGUGCUGCUGGCGCUCAACAUCUUUGCGCCCGUGGUGCGCGUGGUCGCCCCCCACAUGCCCCCUAUCACCCUUGUAGAGCGCCUCGCCAAGGCGCGCUCGUUGCACCCGCUGCUCGCGCAUUUGCUCCGCCUAGACGUGCACAUUCAUGAAGUGGAGCUGGUGGUGCGCACGGAACCCGCGCCUCCGCCUCCGCCCGCGAGCGGAGUGCGCGGGAGCAACCUGUCCGCGCUCACGCGGGGGCAUUUUGAUGUGUGGAGCGCGGGGAGCGGGAAGCAGCUGGCGUCAGGGAAGGUGCUGCAGCAGUGGGACGCGUAUGACGUAGUGAAUGUGACUUCUGGGGACGUGGGGCGCGACUGGCGCUUCUCCUCCCUUGCGUACAAUUUCGAACCUGUUAAGCCUCCGCGCCCACCGCCUCCGCCCUCCCCGCCCGCCCCCCCUCCGCCCCCGUCCCCUCCGCCAUUUCCCCCGCCCGCGCCCUCGCCCCCACCGCCGUCCCCUCCGCCUCCCGCCCCUCCGCCCCCUCCUUCGCCUCCGCCUUCGCCUCCGCCGCCCAGCCCGCCUCCCCAGCCGCCGCCCCCUAGCCCCCCGCCUUCUCCUCCUCCUCCGCCCCAGCCCCCACCAUCACCCCCACCGUCUCCGCCACCCUCGCCCCCACCAAACCCUCCGCCCCCACCACCGCCCCCCUCUCCUCCUCCUCCUUCUCCCCCUCCCUCGCCGCCUCCCCCUUUUCCGCCUCCUCCUUCCCCUCCGCCCAGCCCUCCUCCCUCCCCGCCCCCACCUUCGCCCCCCCCUCCGCCGUCUCCACCGCCCCCGUUUCCUCCUCCGUCACCUCCCCCGCCCUCACCUCCUCCCCCUAGCCCUCCUCACCCACCUCCCUCCCCUCCCCCAACUCCCCCGUCCCCUCCACCGUCCCCCCCUCCCUCACCUCCUCCCUCACCUCCUCCCUCUCCCCCUCCACCGUCCCCUCCCCCUCCUCGCCCUCCUUCCCCGCCUCCUCACCCACCACCCCCAAACCCUCCCCCUUCUCCACCCCCGCCGUCCCCCCCUCCACCGUCCCCUCCGCCGCCCCCUUCCCCCCCUCCCCCACUCGCGCCACUCUCCCCCGCCGACGCGCGCCUGGGAAUCAUCCAAUCCCUGGGCGAGUGGCAGAGGGCAAUAGCAGCGCAGCACCUCACGGCAGCAGCCGAAAUCUUCUCCCCCACAUGCCUCCUCCUCACGCCCACCCUCCCGCUCCUCACCCUCGCCUCCCUCUCCGACCGUCUGUCAGCACUGCAGCUGCUACCACCAGGGUGCGGCACAGAGCAGCUAUUCGCAGCAGUGCUGGCGGUGGGGGUGUUUAACAGGGUGGGGGAUGACAGCGACCCAGGUGGGGCGUAUUUGGUGCUCAGCACGGGCGUGUUCAGCUUCUCUGCGCCUGACGGCGCUGUGCUGGAGUCUGCUAAUGCUGUGGCGCUCUGGGAAGUGAGGGACAGGGCGCGGGAGGCGCAGGGGUAUGGCUGGGGCAGCGACAGGGGUAGUGGUAGGAGUUGGGGUGCGGCGGGGAAUAUGGCGGAAGGGAAGGUGGUGGGAGCGGGUGGGAUAAGAAUGUCGAGUGGUGGGGGAGGAGGGUUGUCGGAUGGGUUAUCAGUUGGGGUAUCGGAUGGGGGGGAUGGCAUGCACCAGGCAGCGCACAUAAGGCAGCUGUUUCAAGAAGAGACGCCUCUUGCACCAGCAGUGGCAGCACCACCUAUCCCUGCUGCGGCCUCCCUUGAAGCACGCGCACAGCCACAGCCUGUGCUUCCACUGGUGCUUCCGCAGGUGGCGCCGGUGGGAGGUGCAGGGCUGUCGGGUCAGGCAGUGGGAAAGGGCGUGGUGCUGCAAGGGGCAUCGGGGGGAGGAUAUGCAGAGGCGCCGGAAGAGCAGGGGGUAUGGACACAGGCACACGGGCUGGUGGGCAGGGAGGAGGGGUCGAGGGGGGUGUUGAUGCUGGUGGGGGACAAGCACCAUGCAGAGGGGAUGGGUGUGAGGAGACGCGUGCAGCUGGAAAUGGGCGUGGCGGGGCAGGGAGAGUUGGGGGGAGGGGUGGGGGUACGGGUGGAGGAAGGAGGAAGGGAUGGAGGGCACGGGGCGUGGGGGCGGGGCAGGGGGCGCGGGGGGUUGCUGAUAGAGCAGGUGGAUGGCGUGUGCUGGGUGCAGGCACAGCAGCGGGGCGCGCAGGGAGAGGCGCAGCAGCAGGGGCGAGGGGAGGCGAUGGGGGUGGAGUGGUGGGGGAGGGGAGCAGGUGGGAGGGCAGGGUGGGAAAGGUGGGAGAGGUGGGUGCGGUGGGUGAUGCGGGCAGUGGCACGGGUGGUGGUGGGGGGCGUGGUGUGGUGGCAGCAGGCUCAGGAGAUGCUUCCCGUGCUUGGAUCCUUGCAGUAUGAGAGUGGCGUGCAGAGGCUGGGAUCGGGAGGAAGGGGGUGUGGAGCAGGGGAGGGGUGUGGGAGCAUUGACGGUAGCAGUGAUGGGGUGAUGCAGCAGAGUGUGAGGGAGCAGAGUGGAGGUAUGCAGCAGCACGGGCAUAGGUUAAAGGCACUGCUGCUCAUCGUGCCAUUUGCAGGGCUAGGGGCGAUCAGUCGCAGCAGGAAGGAUGCUGGUUUGGAAACAGUGCUUGGCACAGGACACUCAGGCGUCAUGCAUGCAAGCACCAGCAGGCUUCACAGUGCUGCUCCUGAAGGCGAUGCCACACCCCCAUGGCCCCUCGUGCAUGACGCAGCAGGUACCGCUGCUGUCUCUCUCCCCGCUGCUCCCUUCCCCACCUCUCCCCCACUGUCUCCCCACACCAAGUUACUGUCUCCCCACACCAAGUUACCGUCUCCCCCGACCGCCCCGCGCUCGCCACUCGAAGCCAACGCAUCGGCCAUCAGGGGGGAGAUCGCUGUCUCGCUGCGCUGCUGGCGGCAGCACGUGGAGGCGAGGGAUGAGCAGCGUGCUGCUGCCAUCUUUGCCCCAGUCACCUCCCUUACCGCCCCCGGCCACGACCCCCUACUACUCCCAGACCUGCCCUCCAAAAUCAUUGCCAUGAAGCCCUUCUUGGAGGGGCGAGCGGUGGUGCGAGUGCGGUUGGGCGCGGUUCAGGUGGUGAAGCGGGGCGUGCAGCCGGGGCAGGUGGUGGCAGUGGUGGCGCAGGGGGAGUUUGAGGUGAGCUGGCGCGGAGAAGCGGAGCGGGAGUGGAGAUUACCAGGCAAGGGAGUGAUGCUGUGGGAACCCAGAGAGGCACCGGCUGUGGCAGCGUGGCUGGAUGGAGAGACGCCGUGGAACGGGAAGAUGGCUGGUGAUGCUGCUGGGGGCGAUUAUGACUUGGGUGGGAAGGGUGGUUGGGGUGUGGGGACACGGCGCGAGGGUGACUCCGCCUCCCCCUUUUCCUCCUCCCCCUUUUCCCCCUCCCCCGUCUCCCCCUCCCCCUUCUCCCCCUCCCCCUUCUCCCCCUCCCCCUUUUCCCCCUCCCCCUUUUCCCCCUCCCCCUUCGCCCCCUCCGCCUCCCCCUUCUCCUCCUCCCCCUCCACCACCCUCCCCUCCCCCAACUUCUCCGCCCCCACCAUCCCCUCAACCCCAGCCCCCAUCCCCGCCGUCUCCCAAUCCACCCUACGCCCCUCCCCCGCCCACUCACCCUCCUCCAUCUCCUCCUCCUCCCCCCUCUCCCUUGCCCCCCUAUCCUCCCCCCCCAUCCCUCCCUCCUCCAUCCCCCCCACCAUCUCCUCCUCCCCCCUCUCCACCUCCUUUACCUCCCCCUCCCCUUCCCCCGUCUCCUCCCCCUCUCUUUCCUCCUCCACCCUCUCCACCCCCGUCUCCCCCUCCCCCCUCUCCCCCUCCUCCUCCAUCUCCCCCACCUUCUCCCCCUCCUCCCUCUCCUCCAUCUCCCCCCCCUUCUCCUCCUCCCCCCUCUCCCCCCCCACCUCCAUCUCCCCCCCCGUCUCCCCCUCCCCCCUCUCCCCCUCCUCCUCCAUCUCCCCCACCUUCUCCCCCUCCUCCCUCUCCUCCAUCUCCCCCCCCUUCUCCCCCUCCCCUCUCUCCCCCCCCACCUCCAUCUCCCCCUCCCCCCUCUCCCCCCCCUCCAUCUCCCCCACCCCCAUCUCCUUCUCUCCCCUCUCCUCCUCCUCCUUCUCUUCCCCCUUCCAUACCCCCUCCUCCCUCUCCUUUCCCACCACCUCCUCCCUCUCCUUUCCCGCCACAUCCUCCCUCUCCUCCUCCUCCCUCUCCUCCUCCUCCCUCUCCUCCUCCUCCCUCUCCUCCUCCUCCCUCCCCUCCUCCCUCUCCUCCUCCUCCCUCUCCCCCUCCUCCCUACCCUCCUCCUCCCUCUCCCCCUCCUCCCUCACCUCCUCCUUCUCCUCCUCCUCCCUCUACUCCCUCUCCCCCUCCUCCUUCUCCCCCUCCUCCCUCACCUCCUCCUCCUUCUCCUCCCUCUCCUCCUCCCUCUCCCCCUCCUCCCUCUCCUCCUCCUCCUCCCCCUCCUCCCUCUCCCCCUCCUCCCUAUCCUCCUCCUCCCUCUCCUCCCCUGCCUUCUCCUCCACCCUCACCCCCUCCCCCCUGCCCCCCCUGUCCCCCCCCCAGGCGCAGGCCUCCUCCUCCUCGUCCCCCGUUCCCCCCCCCUCUCCCUCCCGCACGUCUCCCUCCACCCCCUUCCCCUGUAGUUCCAACUUCUCCCCCACCCUCACCUCCUCGCCCCUCGCCACCUCCUCCCUCUCCUCCUCCCUUUCCUCCUCCCUUUCCUCCUCCCUCCCCUCCUCCUUCUCCCCCUCCAAAUCCCCCUCCCUCCCCCCCUCCCUCUCCCCCUCCCUCUCCCCCUCCUACUCCUCCUCCCUCUCCUCCUCCAUCUCCUCCUCCCUCUCCACCUCCCUCUCCUCCUCCCUCUCCUCCUCCAUCUCCCCCACCUCCUUCCCCUCCUCCUCCCUCCCCUCCUCCUUCUCCCCCUCCCUCACCUCCUCCCUCUCCCCCUCCCUCCCCUCCUCCCUCUCCUCCUCCAUCCCCCCCACCCCCUUCCCCUCCUCCUCCCUCCCCUCCCCCCUCUCCUCCUCCUUCUCCUCCUCCCUCUCCUCCUCCCUCUCCUCCUCCCUCUCCUCCUCCCUCUCCUCCUCCCUCUCCUCCUCCCUCUCCUCCUCCCUCUCCUCCUCCAUCUCCCCCACCUCCUUACCCUCCUCCUCCCUCCCCUCCUCCCUCUCCCCCUCCCUCUCCUCCUCCCUCUCCCCCUCCCUCCCCUCCUCCCUCUCCUCCUCCAUCCCCCCCACCCCCUUCCCCUCCUCCUCCCUCCCCUCCCCCCUCUCCUCCUCCCUCCCCUCCUCCCUCCCCUCCUCCCUCACCCCCUCCCUCUCCCCCUCCUUCUCCUCCUCCCUCCCCUCCUCCCUCUCCUCCUCCCUCUCCUCCUCCCUCUCCUCCCCCCUCCCCUCCUCCCUCCCCUCCUCCCUCCCCUCCUCCCUCCCCUCCUCCCUCACCCCCUCCCUCUCCCCCUCCUUCUCCUCCUCCCUCCCCUCCUCCCUCUCCUCCUCCCUCUCCUCCUCCCUCCCCUCCCCCCUCCCCUCCUCCCUCCCCUCCUCCCUCCCCUCCUCCUUCUCCCCCUCCCUCCCCUCCUCCCUCCCCUCCUCCUUCCCCUCCUCCCUCUCCCCCUCCUUCCCCUCCUCCUUCUCCUCCUCCCUCCCCCCCUCCCUCCCCCCCUCCAUCUCCCCCACCUCCUUCCCCUCCUCCUCCUUCUCCUCCCCCACCAUCACCACCACCUCCUCCAUCCCCCCCUCCGCCUUCCCCUCCUCCCCGUCCUCCCCCAUCCCCCCCUCCUCCCCAUCCCCCCCCUUCUCCUCCCCCACCAUUCCCUCCUCCAUCCCCGCCUCCACCUCACCCACCUCCCCCUUCUCCCCCUCCCCCCCCCCCCCCCCUUCCCCCCCGCCUCUCCCCCCUUAUGGCUGGUGGUGCGCCCUCUGGCCCUGGACCUGUCUGGCUCCCCCCCUCCCUCCCUACACCGCCCCUUCUCCUCCCCCACCCCACAUCCCUUCCCCUAGCCCUCCUUUCCCCCCACCCCGCCCCUCUGGUCCCCCUCCCCCACCAGACCCCUGUCGCCCCCCACCCCCUCCCCCUCCUGAUGGGGGGGACGAGCCUGCUGCCUGGUGGUGUGCCCUCUGGCCCUGGCGCUGCAUGCCCCCACCACCCUCCCCUGCCCUCCCCUCUCCUCCUCAACCUCCAUCCCCUCCUUUCCCCCACCCUUGCUCACCCCCCCCUCACUUCCCCUCUCCGCCACACCCCCCUCCUUCCCCAAACCCCCCUCCCCCGCACCCUCGCCUUCCCCCUGCCCCGCCCCCCCCUCCCAUGCCCCCAAAGCCCCCACCUCCGCCAUCGCCGUCCCCCCCGCCCCCUCUUCCCCCGUGGCAAUGCUCUCUGUACCCCUGGUUACCGGAAUGCAAGCUGGGGCAAAGGCGCUCUGUGGAUGGUAUGGGGCAGGUGCAGACAGGAGGAGCAGAGGAAGGGGCGGGGGAGAACAUUCUCGGCGUGGUUUCACCUCACGCAGAGAGCCAGGUUGUGCUCCAGGUGCCUUACUCCCCUGCUGCUGGUGCAAGCAGGCCAAGCAGGAUCAGCAGUAGUAAAAGCAUGGAUGCACCAAAUCUGCUGCUGCAGCAGGUGGCAGCACCUGUUGAGUCAGGACAACUGUCGAGCGGGGUUAAGAGGGCUCAUUUGGGAGCCGAACGGCUUAGGAGCAGGGGAGGAGAGCAGGUGGAGUGGGUAAUGCAGGAGGGCGUGGAGGGUGAGAGAGCGCACCCUUCAGGCCAUGGCUUGAGCUCUGAGGCCGAUGAGAUGGUGGUCUGUGGUGAGAGGACAGGGGCGGACUCAGGGAAGGCAUGUGGUGAAAGUGAGAAGUUAAGCCCAUUGCGGAGUGCUGCUGCACAAGGGUACAUGGGGAAGGAGGUGUUGCUGCUGCCGAGCCAGAAAUUCAAGGUGCAGGAGGCAAGUGCGGCAGCAGGUGGUGGGUCUAUUGCAGGUUUAGAUGUGGGGAAGCGCGUGCAGCAGGACAUCGGCAAUGCGCAUGUUGCACAGUCCACACAGCAGCAGGUAUUGCAAAAGGAGAGUCUGAUGCCACCACAGCAGGUGCAGCUGGAACAAGCAGAGCGCGCGUCGGUGUGGCGGCUGCUGCUAUCCUGGUGGGCGGAAGAGGUACUAGCAGAGUGGGCGGAGCAAGUGAGUGUGGGACCAUGCUCAGGCAACCACAAGGCCAGGUAUGGGGAGCCUAGGCUUUUAGCAUCGUUUUAG